AUGUCCCACCACCACGCCCAAGCUAUUCACAACCAUCCAUCAUCACCAGACAUAAACAAGACACCACUUUUCCCAAGGGAGAGCUAUCAAGCUGCGCGCCAAACCAAGAUUGAAGAUAUGCUUCAAGAGUACUUGAGAAAUCAAGAAGAGAGUACAAAGAAGAUGGAGAGAAGAAUCGAUUUCAUCCAUGAGAGCCUUGGAAACAAAUCUGAAGUCCUAUUCAAGCAAGUGAUCAAGCUUGAUGAAGACAUUAAGAAGUUAAGAGAGGAUCAUGAUCGAUCUCUGACCCUAGUUAAGCUUGAUGUUGCUUCCAAAUAUCAAGAGUUGCUGAACAAGAGCAUGAGAAUUGAAGAUACUAGCUAUGGCAAUAGCAAACAUCUUGGAUCAUCUACAACCGCCUACAAGCCCUUGAAGGAUCAUCUCAUGCCAAUUACAAGAGAGAGAGGAGUCCAACACCCAACCACCCUCCCUUUUAUUGCAAUGCCAUCACAAGAAGAAGCACUACUCAAGUCCAUGAGGACAAUGAAGAAGAAGAAAGAGAGUAUGAGGAACAAUUGA